UCUGAACUAAUGGAAGUUAACUCCUAUUCCCAUGCUUCAUUCCAUCCGUCGAUCAAAGAACACGCCACCACACUUACGAUACGCAUCCACCGGACGGGUAGGGGGUCGAGAGAAAAUGGCAGAGACGUACCCGAUUGGCACGCGCAGCGAGUGCGAGCGUCUUGUGCGGGACUGGGGGUUUAGGAAUGUGUUUACGUGGUCGGAUGGAAGUAACGCCCACUACCCCCCACACAGACACGGCGGGCUCACGACCCAUCUCAUCAUCCGGGGGAGCAUGACUGUCACGUAUCCCGAGGAUAAUGCUUCGCUGCAUGGCGGGGAGCUGAAGAAGGAGACGCAUGGUGUUGGCGCUAGGGUGGAUGUGCCGGCGGGUAAGUUGCAUGAGGUGUGGAUGGGGGAUGACGGGUGUGAGUAUGUUAUUGGGGAGUAGGUUACUUUGUGCUGUGUAUGAUGGGAUGAUUUAUCUUGGGAUACGCUUAAUGUUUUUAGGGAAUGGAAUGGCACUACUUGCUCUGGCUGUGUUGCUUGUCUUACUAGGUAGUUGGUUGUAUAUUUUAAUGGUCUGUAUAUAUUUUAGUGCUCGACCCAAGCCGGCUGGGUCUGGUGCUAGCGAUGUUCCAUGGCUAGUGGAUGAAUCGGAAGUCAAGUCUGGGUUUAUGUUAGUUGACAUGCUCCUAGG